CUAUAAACCAACCAAAACAAAACAAAUACCAGUAAUAUUUGAGCAGUCAUGGAACCACCUAACGAUGCUGAGCCGGGGAAAACUGACGCUGGAGCUACUACCGACCUUCAGCCGCAUCCCCCACCUCAGAAUAGUUAUAUGAAUCUCAGCCAUGACGGAAGGUAUAGACAAUACAACCUUUCCGGCACUAUCUUCGAAGUCACGGCAAAGUAUAAGCCACUGAUCAUGCUUCUUGGCAGAGGUGCUUCGGGCAUCGUUUGGUCGGCUAUAAACUCAGAGACCAAUGAGAAGGUAGCAAUAAAGAAAAUCACGCAUGCAUGUAGAAACCAAAGCACUGCAAUGAGAACUCUCCGUGAAAUCACGCUUCUUCGUCAGUUACAGCAUGAAAACAUUGUCGGAAUCAAAGACGUAGUAUUACCUCCUCAGAGAGAUGCUUUUGAAAAUGUUUACAUUGCUUAUGAAUUGAUGGACACUGACCUUCAUAAAGUCAUAAAUUCCAAUCCAGAACUAACCGACUAUCAUCACCAGUAUUUCAUGUAUCAGUUACUGCGUGGAUUAAAGUACAUUCAUUCAGCCAAUGUGUUACAUAGAGAUUUAAAACCGAGCAAUAUCCUCUUGAAUGCGAACGGUGAAUUAAAGAUUUGUGAUCUCGGGCUUGCUCGUGUGGCUUCAGACGCAAUGACUGAGUAUGUUGGCACAAGAUGGUACCGUGCACCAGAGCUUCUCUUGAACUCUUCUGCUUAUACCUCAGCUAUAGAUGUUUGGUCUGUUGGCUGUAUAUUCUUUCAGAUGCUGACUCGCACACCCCUCUUCCCUGGAGGAAAUCGUGAUCAUCAGCUUCGUUUGAUUCUGGAGUUGAUAGGCUCUCCAACAGAAGAUGACAUUGGAUCUUUGAAUGAAAGUGCUAAGCAAUACUUAAGGACGUUUCCUCGUUUUGAUCGCCAAUCUUUCUUUGUAAAGUUCCGAGAGGUGUCUUUCUCGGCUCUUUCGUUGUUGGAGAAGAUGCUCAAGUUUGAUCCUAGAAAGAGAAUCUCAGUUGAGGAUGCACUUGCUGAUCCAUAUAUCCAAACGAUGCAAAACUACAUUAGCUAUGAACCAGUGUGCACGAAUCUCAUUGACUUCGAUUCUGAGGAACAUCCACUCACAGUGAAGCAGAUUAAGGAGCUGAUCUACGAUGAAGCCCUAGCUUUUAAUCACGAUUUCCUAGCUUUCAACCCUGAACCAGCAACAGUUGAGAAGGAACAGUGA